AUGGCUUUUGUAGCAGAAAUGCAGUAAUUGCACGUUUCCUCACUUAAAAUACAGCAAGAAAACCUUCCAUCUUCUGAAGCAACCUAGGUAUAUGAGUAAAAAAUGCAACUCUAUUUCAAAGGAAAUUAAGAUCCUUUUUUCUCCCGUUAAAGCAGACAGCAGCGUUCCUAUGCCCUGCCUCGCUCUGGCGCAGGGCGGAGGUGCCCCGCCACCUCCCAGCCCCGAGCGGUUCUGCAAAGCGCCGGGAGCGCCACGCCCGGGCCGGGCCGGGCCGGGCCGAGCCGCCAGGAGCCGCAGGGGGCCUGGGCCGCCCCCGCGCUGCCGCGGCCCGGGGCAGCCGCCCCUCUGCUCCCGCCCCCGCCGAGCUCCGCGGCCGGGCUGGGGGCGCCCCGUGGCCGCCUUCGGCACAGCCUCGGCACGGCGGGAUGAGCGCGCUUUUCCCGGGGGAGAAAAGCGAGCCGAGGGUACGGUGGCGUUACUCGGGCUAAGCCCUGCCCUGCCUUCCCCAGGAGAAGCGGGUAACGGGGGUGCCCGGCGGUUCCUCUUUCCCGGGCGCUGCCGCCACGCCCGGUCCCGCUGCGGGGCACACCGAGCGCCCCGGGCAGCCGCGCCCCUGGAGCCGCCGCUCCAAGGGGAAGCUGAAAAACAGCAACGGGCGGGCACGGCCAGAGGAAGACGAGGAGGAGAAGGGGAGAGCGGCGGCCGACCCCCGCCCCACUCCCUCGGUGGCAGCGGCUGCCCCGACUCCCGCUCGACCCCCCCGGCCCCGCCGCCUGCCCCCGCCCGGCUCCGCGCCGCUGCCGGGGGUCGGGGGCGCCAAGGGGGGGGGGCCCUCACCUGGCCGGGGCGGGCAGGGCGGCUCUGGCGGCGGCUCUAG